AUGUCGUAACUUCUUAUGGUGUGGUUAAAUGAUGAGGUGCAGUUGAGUAGGAAGGUGACAUCAUUCGAAAAAGAUUUUAAUAAUGGGUAUCUCUUUGGCGAGUUAUUGAGCAAGUUCAAUUAACAACUCAAUUUUGAAGAGUUCUCUAAUAAAGAUGUGCGCGAAGCCAAGAUGAGGAAUUUUACUUUGUUGGAACCAACAUUUAAAACUUUGCAUAUUCCAUUCAAUUUUCAAACUGCUGAUCAAGUAAUCAAAGGCAAAAAGGGAGUUGCUAUGUAAUUGCUUUAUCAAUUACAAAUGUAAUUGCAAAAAGUAAAUGACCCUCAUGAUGUUAUGAUGCAUGCGAAGACUGGUAAAUAUAAUGUAAUAUAACCAUUGAUGGUUAUCAGAUAACCAAAGGAUUAAUUUGAUAAAAUGGAAUAAGAGUUUUUUGUGUCUAAGCUUAACGAGAAAAAUAAGGCAUAGAAGGAUGUUAAUUUGGAUAAGCAUCUUGGGAAGUUUUCGUCUUUUGCUAUUUAACAGGCAGAAAAAGAACGCAGGUUGAAAAUAAAGGAAGAAACAGAGGAGAGGAAUCUAAAGGAAGAAAUGCGUAAGAUUUAGUUGAAUAAGUUACAAAGAAAUAUGGCAUUUAUGGAGGAUUGGAAUUAAAAAGGAAUUGAGAAUUGGAAGAAAAAUUAACAGGUUAGACAUAAAAACAAAGUGGCUGAUGAAAAGUUCAAGUCUACAAUGCAAAAAGUGACAGAAGACAGAUUGGUUUAAACUUAGUAGAUGAUGAGAAGUGAGAUGGAAGAUCAGAUUGAUUAAUUUGAAAAUAGAGGUACUCAAGAGCCAGUCUCUUUGGGAUUAAGAAAUAAAAUGAUGAGUGAAUUCUUGAGGAAGGAGAGAGAUAAAAGAAGAAGAAAGAUGAUUGUAGAUCAGGAAAAGCAAACUGAUGAAUUACAAAGAAGAGAAUACACUGUUUUAGAAAAACUUAAAUAAUAAAGUAAAUAAGAAAAGGAAAUUAUGUAUGAAAUCUGGAGAGCUUAUCAAUGUAAAGAGGUCAUUUGUGAAAACAGAUAAUUAAGGGAUGAAAAUUAUAGAAAUAAAUAAGAACUAAAUGUUAUAAAUUAGAAAUUCAAGGAAGAAGAAAUGUUAAGAGCAUUAUAAUCGGAAUUUAAUGAAGAAAUCGAAUUACAAUAGAAAAGAUAAUUAGAAAUUAAUGUUGAAUAUAAAUUGCAAAUUAGAUAAUCCAAUUAUGAAAAAUGCAAAAAAUUAGUGGAAAUCCUCUUUGAAAUAGAGGAACAACUCUAUGAACAUUUGUAGAACAAUGAUUCGAAUGAAUUUAACAAGUAAUUUACAAGGGAAAAUCAUCACCUAUUUAAAUAAGGCAUGGAACUCAUUCCAUACAAACGAUUUAGAACUUAUGAUCCUAUCAAAGAAAUGAAAAAAUAGGAAAGUCUAAACUACAAAUAAAAGAUGUUCCUUGCUAAAAUGGAAAUGUAAGAUUAUCUAGAGGGAACAGGUGCUUGGGAUAUCUAUUAAGCCCAAAAUAACUAUAACUUAGGAAAUCUAGUUAGAUAUCUGAUAGAAAGUCAGUUCAAAAAUUCUAUACAAGAAAUGGAAUAAACUGAUAUUCCAUAUGUCCCUUUCAGAGGAAGUUUAAUAGGAUUCUCAUUUAGUGGCAAAAAAACUAUAAGCGAAUUAUUAGCCAAAAAGUAUGGAAUCCAAUUGUUGUCAAUUGAUGUGAUAAUCAAUGAACUACUAGAAUAUAUAAAGAAGUAUGAAUAAGGUGAAGAACACUCAUAAGUAUGGGACUAAUAACAAAUUGAGUUGGGAUAAUAAAUAUCAGGGUAUCUUUGUUAAGGGGAGGAAAUACCAGAAGAACUCUAUAUCAAGGCAAUUGUGUAGAAAAUCAAAAGACUGUUUGACAAAUAGGAAUUUGAAUAGAUUUAUGAAGAAUACAAAGCCAAAUAUUCAUCAUUCAAUCCCAGACAAAGUAGAACUAUAGACGAAUUUAAUGAUGAUGGUAUCAACUGGGAAGAUUUCCAUAGGAAUAAUAUGAUCAAUAAUAAACCAUAUUGUAAAGGAUGGCUGUUAGUUGGAUUCCCACACAAUUAUGAACAAGCAAAACUCUUGGAGAAACAUUUAACUGGCAUUGAACCUCAGGAUGAACUCACUCCAUUAUAAGCAAGACUGUAAGAGGCUGCGAGAGUAGUCAAACCAGUUGAUUACUCAGUUAUCCCGAGAAAGAAAUAGGAAAGUGGAGUAGGAGUUUGUGUAUAUUUAGAAAUGCCGUCAAAUGAAUUAUGUUUGAGAAGAGCCAUUGGCAGAAGAUAUGAUAAUCAUAAUCACUCAUUAUAUCAUCUGGAAUCCAACACUCCUCCUGUUGAUAAUGCUCCCUUGGUUGAAAGAAUUAAACCAUUAUAUGAAGUAGACAAUUUAUAAUAACUAAUCUCAGAUAAAAAUGCCUAUUUUAUGACAUAGAUGCAAGGAAUUUAAAAUUGGUAUAAUAAUUUUGAGUCUGCUGACAAUUCAAAUGCUUAAAGUGCAUUCAUAGGUGUAGAUGCUUCGAAUAAUUAUGAAAGGGUAUUUUAUGAUGUGGAUAGAAUAUUUUAAAACUUUCUGUAAAUUCAAAUUAACAAAAUACAACAGAAAUAUGACAAUCAAUAGAAUGAACUAUUGCACAAAGAGGAAUUGGUCAAGUAAUAAUAGGAGCAAGCUGAAUUAGAUAAAAUAUGUUCAUACAAAUAGGUUCAAUUAGACUCAUUGCCAUUAAAGCAACCAAGUUAACAAUUUCUCUAAUAUUUGCAUUCAUUUUGGAAUCAAAUAGAAACCAAAUACGUUUCUCUACAAAAUAUUUUUAAAGGAUUUAGAGAGCAAAGAGAAUUUCUUACAAAUUAUUUAAUGGAUAUCUAAAGAAAGUUUAUAGAUCUAAUCAAUACUCCAGAUGAGAAGUUUUAUCAUGUCAGAAAUUUCUAAGAAUAAUACAAUCAAUUUGUAUAGGAGAACCCAGAUUUGUGUGAAGAGGAUGUAUGUAAAGAGGAGUUGCACUAAAGAGUAGAUGAUUUGUAUGACCAAUUGAUAGAUAUAAUUGAUUAAAAGAGAGAUGACUUACUAGUAGAAAAAUAGCAAAUAUAGAACUCUUAAUUCAUAGAAAACGAAAUUGAUCUCUUUUUAUUAUAAGUGAGACAAUUAUUAGCAAUUGAAUUAGAUAGAGCGUAAAAUUCUAUUUAAUUACUCAAUGACUACUAUGGAACAUUAGAGGCAAUAGAAUUAUAAGAUAUUUAACCUAGUGUUGGAGAAUUAUAAUUGCAAGAUGGAGAUGAUCCUAAUGUUAGAUUAGAUAAACUGAUUGCUGAUUCUUUAAGAAUUUUUGCUGGAGAAGAAGAAAUCAUUGAAGAUAAAACCAAAAAGGGAGGCAAACAACCUGCUAAAAAGGAUGAAAAAAAAGGAAAGAAAGGAAAGGAAGAAGAAAUUGUUAAAAAGGAACUUCAAAAUCCAGAGGCUAUCAGUGCUAUUACUCUAGAGAAAUAAAUAUUCAAAGAUAGAGUGGAUGCUAUCAAGAGAUAUGCCUCACAAUAAGUUAGAACAUAUAGAUAAGCAUGUGAUCAAUUGUACCUUAAAAUAGAUGAGUGGAUUUACUAUACUCAUUAAACAGAAAUUAAAGCCUUAGAUGCUAUUUCUGGUUUAUUUAGAGGGUACAUCGAAAGAGUUGAAAGGAUCUAAAAGGAACUUCAACUCUAAUUCGUUGAUGUAAUUGUUAGUCAUGAAGUCUUAAACUUUUUAACUCCCAUUCCUCCCCCCUUGACUGCAAGAGAACCAUUAUCCAGAGAAAGAUAUUCCAUCUCUCAGCUCUAUUAUCUCAUUGAAGAUUUAAGAGCCAUCACAAGCACUCACUUACUAAUCGAUAUCAAAUAAUUAGCCUUGCUUUUGGCUAGAUCCUCCUAUGGAGUCUUGAAAUAUUCGCCCUCUCAAUGGAUGCAAGCAUUACAAAUCCUUGAUUAAAAUGGCUAUGUCAAUGUCAGAUAAAUUUGUACAUACUUAAUUCUUCUUUCAUCUCCUACUCCAAAAGAAGAUGAACUCUAGUAAUAUUUCAGCAAAUUGGGUUAGCCUUUGGUAAACAAGGAUACAUUUGUUAAUACUGCAGCUUGGUUUGAUGAAUACGAGAGGAUUCCAGAAGAAGAAAAUACUAAUUACUUUGAUCGUGUAAUUUACAUUAAGGAGUUAUUAUUCUUUGUCCAUAAAGAUGAAAAUGAUAUGUUAGCUACAAAAUAAUACAUUGACAUUCUAAAUGUUGAAGGAGACAGAUUUGAAGAUUAUUUAUUGCAAACUUUGUAGCAUUAAUGA